CGGAGGAGGCCGUGGAGGGCGAAUUAUGGUUGCCCCCCCACUCAAAUUCCUGGUGCCGGUGGUUGUGGAAGAGAGCCGUUCCUCGGGAACGGAGUGCUUGGGCUUACUAUCAAUUCUGCGUAAAUUGAAGAGUGCACCAGACCAGGAGGUUAGGAUCCUGCUCCUGGGAUUGGAUAAUGCAGGCAAAACCACACUUUUGAAACAACUGGCAUCUGAAGAUAUCACCCAUAUCACUCCAACCCAGGGUUUUAACAUUAAAAGUGUGCAAGCCCAAGGUUUCAAGUUGAAUGUGUGGGAUAUUGGUGGACAAAGGAAAAUCAGGCCAUAUUGGAGAAAUUAUUUUGAGAACACUGAUAUCUUGAUUUAUGUCAUUGAUAGUGCUGAUAGAAAAAGAUUUGAAGAAACUGGUCAAGAACUAGCAGAGCUGGUGGAUGAAGAAAAGCUAAGUGGCGUUCCAGUACUCAUAUUUGCAAACAAACAAGAUUUACUGACGGCAGCCCCCGCUGCAGAAAUUGCAGAGGGUCUGAACUUGCACACAAUCCGGGAUCGAGUCUGGCAGAUUCAGUCUUGUUCAGCCCUGACAGGAGAGGGCGUGUCGGAUGGCAUGAACUGGGUCUGCAGAAAUGUCAAUGCAAAGAAGAAGUAAGUCAAGCUGAGUUGCCUGGAACUAGAGAAACAGCAAGAGCCAAACAUGCUAGCCAGCUGCUAGUGUCUGACCAAAUAUUGUUCCAUCUGCCUGCAGCUACAGCUGUUCAGACUGGUAACCGUAGCUAGGCCUACUGCUUCUAUAGGAACUUUAUCUGUUGACUAGUACCAUCCACAUCCUCAUGCAAAUCUUUCUUUCUUCCUUUUUAAAAAGUAAAUAGUAUUAAGGGUCUCCUUAUUGUUCUUACUAGCAAUGAAAAUAGGAAUGGAUUGCUGUCUGACAUAGAGACUUCUGAUGAGCUCCACAGAGGUCAGAUUAUUAUAGCAAUAUAUAUCAGUGGCCACAUCCAUUCUGAAAUCAUUCAAGAUUCUCCUCUGGUCCAGUUCAAAACUUCUCCCAUUAUCCAAUAAAGUGAUAUUUAGUUCAUGCAAAUGCUUCACUUUUAAAACGAUACAUACCUUAGUACAUUGCUUAUACUCAUUUGGCCAUAUGCCCAAGGGCCUGUCUUUCCUUCACAAAGACAUGUAUAAAACUCACUUUCUUAGCAAUUGGAAUGGAGAAGCAGGAUACCAUAAUUUAAUUAAAUAAAACAACUUAUAGUGGUUGUAAUUACAUUUAUAUUUGGCCUAAACUUUCCCCAAAUGUCAGGUUUCACUAAGAGUUCUUGAAUGUUCAAGCUUAUUGCAUUGUAUUAGUCCUUGAAAAUAGUUUUUUUUAAAAUAGUGAAAGUAACUCAAAGCUCAAAAUCUUACACAAGAAGCUAUUAACAAUAGGCUUUGUCAUGUUCUGAAGGGCUUUGAUGCAAAAUUUGAUUCAGUAUACCUACAAUCUACAAAGUCAGUGAAUUUAUCUCUGGUAAUACAAGCAGUAGAAAAGUGUGAAGUGAAAGUUUUUGUCCAUUUUAAAGAGUCAUGACUUGAUGUAUUUUUUGUGAGUUUCCCACCCAUUCUCAUUUACAUUUAAUAUUGCUAACUCUGCAGAAAGUCAUUGUCUAAAUAUCUGAAAUAUUGAAAUUUGUCAAAGAUUUAUUUUUGGCCAUGAGAAUGUUGUUGCAUCAAAAUGAAGAGCAAGAGAAGAGAACCAUAAAGAAUCAAUAAUAUUCUAAAUACAUUCCCCAGAAAGACACAUAUGCCAUAGGUUAAUGCUUCUUGCCUCUUAAAUUAUUUGCUAAAUUUUGUGGGGCUACUCUUUUGUGCUAGAGAUCACUUGUAGAAUAUAACCAGAUUAUUAGACUGGAAAAAUAUGGAAAUUGAAAUAUUCCCUUUUGUUCCUGGAGGAAAUAAGACUGUUUUAGUAAUCCUCAAACCAUGGGCAUAUAUUUUGGGGAACCAGACAGCACUAGCUUCUUUCAAAUAAUUUUUAUCCAAUCACUAUCUUGUGAUCCUUGCUCAUAUCUUACUCUUUUGGGGGGGGGGGGUAGGAUGGGGUAGAUAUUUUCCUCCUUAGUAUCUUAAAACAAGCACAAAUUGUAGAUUAUAUAUAUUAACUCUCUAUCUCAUCUACUUCUGAUGCUUUAUGAGAGAUCAUAAGCAAAUAUUAUAAGAGGUAGGAGGUAUAAAAUGAAGCAUGAAAUACUUCUAGGGAAUCCAACUCUGCUAAUUAAAUACAUGCUCCAAUUCCUAGGUGUUUUAAGAGUAUUUCAUUUUAUUUUAGAUAUGUCAUUAUAUACCAGAGCUAAAAUGUUGCUUGCCAUUUUAAAAUAAAACAAAAAUGAUCUGUAAUCCUUUAAUCCAAAUAUCAAAGAGGCUCAUGUCAUAAUACACCAAUCAGUAAAAAAAUAGGUAUAUUUCUCUUGUACCUCAAGCUCUUCUCCAGAUUCCCUCUUCUGUUGGAAACACAUUAUAUUCCUAUGCUCAGUUUGACCUUCAACCACACUUUCCAGCUCUCAAAAUUUUUAAAUUCAAAAUUUCCCAUUUCCCAUUUUUUUGAUGAGUUUCUUGCUAAUCAAUAUGCUGUGUUGAAUUCAGCAAGCUCCAAACUCCAGUGUUAAUGCAUCUAUCAAGUUUUAUUCAUUCUGAACUAAGAACAUUUGAAGAACUCCCCCUUUCUCCCCUCCCCCCCUUCCCGAUGGAAUUGGCCUAAUGAUUCCAAAAGCUAGUAUCUUGCCAAAGGUAAUGGCUUAGUGGAUAAAUGCCUCAUGAACAAUAUGGAAGAAGUGAUAAUUCAUGGAACAUUCUGUGGUGAUUCCUUACAAAAUGAAAACACUAGCAGAAUACAGCAUUAGUUAGCUGUUCUUAAAUCAAUCUCCACAUGCCCAGCUUUUUAAAAAAGUACCUUACUGGUCCUUAUACUAUUCCCCAGUAAGCAAUAUGCAAUAAGUAUGGUACAAUGUGUAAAAGUCAUACCAUGAGUACUUGGCAAGUUGUUUUUCCAGUAAAAUAUUCUUUCUUUUUUAUUAAAUUGUGUUGAUAUAUUUAAAGGUAGGUCAGAAAGGUUGAGUGUAGCUUAAGACACCUAAUUUAACAUGUUAAAACAUAUUUAAAAGCAUGGUUCAAAUGUGGUUUAAUUGUUUAUUUUCAUUACACACAGCUUCCUUACUCUCUAAACAAACAUUUUCUAAGAUCAUGUCAAAUGCUUUAUAAAGCCAUGCCUGCAAAUGUUAUCCAGCACACUUAUCUUUGGGGUUUUUUUAGUUUAAAAAACAAUUUUAUAAGCUCUUCUUUUCUGAAGUUAAUGAAAACAAGUCUGAUGAGAUUUGGUAAUAUCAAACCUCUGUGUAUACAUUUAGAUAUUUGGCAAACUUGAAUUAAAUUUGGAAGAAAUAACAAAGAC